GGUAUAAGGAGAUCAGCACCUGUCGGGGGGACUGUCUGCUGCCAGACAGGGACAAACAUAUUCAGGACAAGUGAGAAAGACUUCCACAGCGUCAGACAGGCUGCAGGUGGUAAUGGGUACCCUUCGAGACCUCCAGUUUGCCCUGCAACUAAAGAUUGAGGAGCUUCGCCAGAGGGACACACUAAUAGAUGAAUUAGAGUUAGAGUUGGAUACAAAGGAUGAACUCAUUCGGAGACUGCAGGAGGAACUGGAUCGCUACAGAGCCACCGUCUCCCUCCCAGGAUCCUCUGCAGCCAGUGCAGCAUGCUCGGUUCAAAGUGAGGACUCACACAGAGCCAACAGGAAAACUGUGAUUUCUGAGCCCUUCACUCUGGACCCGGUGACUCUCGCCAUGGUUUCACACAGAAGCUGUGACAAAAGCCAGGAGUCCCAGAGGUUGAUUGAGGCAGCCUUUUUGAAGAAUGACUUGUUGAAGAACCUUGACGAGGGAGAAAUCAGAGCCGUCAUAGCCUGUAUGUAUCCCACCACCAUCAAUCAAGGCUGUUAUGUCAUCCAGGAGGGGGCCAAUGGGACUCAGGCUUAUGUUUUGGAAGAAGGGCUGCUGGAUGUGACAAAAGACGGACUGAGGCUUCUCACAAUUGAGCCAGAAGACAUGUUCGGAGAGCUCGCUCUCCUCUACAACUGCUCCCACACCUACUCUGUCUCAGCGCGAACGGACAGCAAGCUGUGGGUUCUUGACGGAAAAAGCUACCAGACCAUACUUAUGCAGAGCAGCCUCAACCGCCUUUCUCAUUCAAUGGAGCUGCUCAGCAGCGUUCCCUUCCUCCAGUCUUUGCCUGAGGAUAGCAUCAUGAAGAUGUCUGAUGUCAUGGAGGAGACACACUACAGUGAAGGUGACUACAUCAUUCGACAAGGAGCCACAGGAGACACCUUUUAUAUCAUUAGCAAAGGCCAGGUAAAGAUUGAUGCUCUCUGCCUGCUGCACAGAUGAAAUGAGGCUUUCAGGGGGUGAAGAAAAAGAUCUACAUUGUAGAGGAAAAAAUGUCAGCGGCAGAGUCAGAAAUUGCUUUAAGAUGGGGAUGGUUGACUUUGAAGCUUUUUCUACAUUGC